AUGUCCAAGAAACAGUCCCCUCGCCCGCCCGGCACACCGCACCAGGUGAGGAGCCCGGCACAAGUCAAGCCGGCCUCUUCCCAGGACGGCAGCCCAGCGCCCGCGGUUCCGCCCAGGCCCAAAAGCACUCCUGCCAGACCCGAAAGCUCGCCUGCCCGGUCGAACCAGUCCCCUGCCCGGCCGAAUCACACUCUCGCCAAACGGCACACGAUGCCAGCAAAGUCACCGCAGUCGCUUCGCGUUCGCUGGCGGACGUGGUCCGAGUUGACGGUCAAGCUCGAUGGCCUGCCCCUCGGCGUAACUUCAGAGCAUUUAUGGGCCAUGUUCUCGUCGUACGGCAACAUUUCCUGGAUGGAAAUCUCUGCCCAAGACCAAGGGCGAGGUCCCGUGUCGGCCAAGAUUCGCUUUGAACCCCCACCAAAACUUGAUUUCUGGUCUGCCGGUACGGUUCGCAGGGAGCACCCCAACAAACGCAAUUUCCCUCGCGGACUCACAAUCACUGUGGCACUCCUCUCCACUGCCGCAUCUGCGCGGUGGCGCGUCAACAAAGACUCGCAUCGACGCGAGUAUCCUUGCAAAAUGACGGAAAGCCUUCGACAGCUCGACUUUGGAGACAUGGUUGGGCCGACGGCAAUGACAAUCAUGAGGUCUAUCACGGCGUCGUCUGCACCUAGAAGAAUGAGAUUGGAGCUUGACGUCAAGUACAAGCGCGUCACUGUCUACUUUUCUGUUCCCGCAAAGACGCCGUACUGGACCAACACGAGACAGUUUUGUGUCAAAAUCGACAUAUCCACCAUCAAAAACGUGUACCAGACCACCUCCGCCGACGAGAGUGUUGUCUGGGUGCUUCCCCUCUCGCGGCCCCCUCAAUACUUUUGGAGGACCAACGACAUCGACAUCACCCUUGCGAACAAUCCUCAGACCUGGAGCGACAGAGACACCUGGUUUCGGGCGACGGACAUAGCCGAGGACCUGGAAAUGCCAAUGAACUAUCCCGUCGCUAUCCACAACAUUGUCGACGAUUCGGAGUACGUCGAGAUUGGCCGUUGGACCACGUUCCGUCUUGUGCUCGCAGGCAACCCCAACCACGAGAACAAAGGCAUCCAGCAGCUGCGCAUGGCACUGGAAGAUGUCAACGUGACAGUGGUGAACUGCGGCGACUUCCAGUUCCAGAGGGGCGGCAAAACCAUGUGGGACUACUUGGACCAUCCGCCUUCCAUGGCCAAGGGUCAGGCCUCGGCCCUGCUACAAAUGGCUGCGCCUUCCAUCAUACAUUUGCCCUUCAACGUGCGAUAUCAACUCGAAGUUUGCGUCUCUCGGGGCAUCCUCAACGAACACACCGUCACGGCCGAGUUUCUCCAAACGCUCGCUGCCCUUAAACCCUUUGACGCCACUCGCCGCCUCGAGUACCUAGCCGACCAAAACGAACCGCUCUUUGACCCGAUGCAGCUCUUCACCAACUUGGAUGCCGAGUCUUACGUGCCCAACACAAAGACCCCCUACUACUGCACCCUCGUACAAAAGGCCGUCGUCACGCCAACUACCGUACGCUUCAACUCGCCGACCGUUGAAACGUCCAACAGGGUCGUACGCAAGUACAGCCACAUGCAGGAUCGUUUCUUACGUGUUCAGUUUACCGAAGAGGUCGAACAGGCCCGGCUAGCUAGUAACAAGCUGCAGAAUGACCAGGUCUGGAAACGCGUGCUUCGAGCCCUCUACAAAGGCAUCCGCAUCGGCGAUCGCGUGUACGAGUUCCUCGGCUUUGGCAGCUCGCAGCUCCGGCAAUGCGGCGCCUACUUCUUCUGCCCGACCGAGCACGUUUCGUGCGAGGAUAUCCGGCGUUGGAUGGGGGACCUCAACCACAUCAGGGUCGUCGCCAAAUACGCGGCCCGACUGGGGCAAUGCUUCUCGACGACGAGAGAGAUUCGCAGCAUCUGCCGGCCUACGAUGCAGCGCAUCCCCGACAUUGAGAGAGACGGCUACUGCUUCACCGACGGUGUCGGCAUCGUCUCCCAGUUCCUCGCCAGCUUCAUCAUUCAAGAGAUGGAUCUGGACGUGCUCGACGAGCCGACGGCGUUUCAGUUCCGCAUGGGAGGAUGCAAGGGUGUUUUGACUGUUUGGCCGCAGGCCAAGGGCAUGGAGGUCCUCGUCCGGGAGUCGCAAGAAAAGUUCAAGGCCAAAUCCAACGGCCUCGAGAUUGUUCGGUGCGCAAGAUUUUCGUCAGCCACACUCAACCGGCAAACAAUCACCAUCUUGGAGAGCCUUGGGGUGCCCACGAGCGCCUAUUUGAAUCUUUUGGAGAAUCAAAUCAGGGAUUACCAGAGUGCAAUGGAAGACAACUCUGUUGCCAUCGCCCUGCUCACCAAAUUUGUUGACGAGAACCGGUCGACGCUCAUCUUGGCUGAUCUGCUCAAGGCGGGCUUCAAGAGCGAGGACGUUCAAGAGCCCUUUACCAUGAAUCUUCUGAAGCUGUGGAGAUCUUGGUCUUUGAAGCUCCUCAAGGAAAAGGCAAGAAUACACGUUCCCAAGAGUGCCUUUGUGCUCGGUUGCGUCGACGAAAGUGGCACGCUCCGCGGCCAUUCGAAAAUCUUCUUGCAGCUUACGGAUCCGACGCGCUGCGACCAGACAAUCAUUGUCAAAGGCGUCUGCAUCGUUGGCCGAAACCCUUCCCUGCACCCUGGCGACAUUCGGGUGGUCCAGGCCGUCGAAAAUCCCAGGCUCCGCCACUUGAAGGACGUGGUCGUGUUUUCCUCCAAGGGCGACCGGCCGGUUCCAAACAUGCUGUCCGGGGGUGACUUGGACGGCGACGACUUCUUCGUCGUAUGGGAUCCCGCUCUGAUACCCGGAGAAUGGAACUUUCCGCCGAUGGACUACUCCGGGCCCAAGCCGCGAAAGCUGUCAAGAGACGUGAACGUAGACGACAUUCGGGACUUCUUCGUCAAGUACAUGAAGUACAACGUCCUGCCCCUGAUUGCGCAUGCUCACCUUGCCCACGCGGAUAUGUCUGGGCCCAAGUCGCAGCAAUGCCUUCUUCUCGCCGAUCUGCACUCCAAAGCCGUCGAUUAUCCAAAAACCGGCGAGCCAGCCGAGCUUGGCCCAAAGCUGCAGCCGAAGAAGUGGCCGCACUUUAUGGAGAAGAGGAACUCGUACGUGUCCAAGAAGGCCCUAGGCGUCAUCUUUGACAAGGUAGUCAAGCGGACGGUCGAGUUCCGGCCGGACUGGCAGACGGCGUUCGACCAGCGCAUCAUCACGCGAUUCGAGCUCGACCAAGAUACGCUGGACACGGCGAGGAGCAUCAAGACACAAUACGAUAUUUGCGUCCGUCGCGUCCUGGCUCAACACGACGUCGCGACCGAGUUUGAGCUGUACACGACAUGGGCCAUGUCCACGCCUGAGACGGAGAACCAGUACAAGCGACAGGAAAACCUCGGUCGCGAGUUCGAUAUUUUGAAGGCGCGAUUUCGUGAGCAGUGCUACGAGGCGUCGGGGAGCGAUCCAGAUAAGCUCGAACAGUUUGUCGCGGCCAUGUACGUGGUGACGGACGAAACCGGAAAUGCUGUGUCCGCGAAGCAACUGGAGGCGAAAUCGAUGCCUCUCAUAAGCUUCCCGUGGAUCUAUCAUGGGAUCUUGGCCCAAAUCGCGACGGGUAUCAAGCACGAGCCGAAAAAGUCUCGUUUGGCGGCUGCCUGGCAUAGCCAGUACAAAUUCGCUCCCUUGACGGCUCGGCAUUCGCCGGUCCUCGCUGCCGAUGGUGAAGACACAAAGUCUGUCUCCCCAACUGCAUCAGCAGUCGGUCUUGCAGGCUUGCGGGCUGCAGCAACGUCGGACUCUGAAGCGCCGGAGGAGCUUGGCAGCGGCAUUGAGGGGAACGAACUUGCAAAGGAAAACGGUGAGGAGGCCGUGGAGCAGAUUUCAGAGGAAAAGAGGAAAGACGAUUGCGAUCUCGAGGCGGUCGAUGCAGGCGAGGAGCCCAAAGGCGAGAACGCCAUGGAUCGGCUGGCGUCUCUCAUGGGAUUCGACGAAGACGAAGGAUUUGACUGA